AUGGGCGCCGCGGCCCUGCGUGCCCUGCCCUGGGCCCUGCUGCUGGUAUUGGGGCCGUUACUGCCCGGCCAGGGUUUACAGGCCUCCGAACCCCCCCAGGGACAGCCGGACCCGGUACCGGGGGGUUUCACCCCCGCGCCGCCCGCCUCCGCUCAGGAGAUCCAUCCGCUGAACAAGCAGCCGGCCAACGGCUCGGGUGAGGGGCACGCCAAGCCCCGCAAAGCCUUCCCCGUCCUGGGCAUCGACUACGACCAUGUCCGCACCCCCUUCGAGAUCUCCCUCUGGAUCCUGCUGGCCUGCCUGAUGAAGCUGGGCUUCCACGUGAUCCCUUCAGUGUCCAACAUCGUUCCCGAGAGCUGCCUGCUGAUCGUGGUGGGCCUUUUGGUUGGGGGGCUGAUCAAAGGGGUGGGGGAAAAGCCCCCCAUCCUCAAUUCGGACAUCUUCUUCCUCUUCCUCCUGCCACCCAUCAUCCUGGAUGCUGGCUAUUUCCUCCCUUUACGCCAAUUCACUGAGAACCUGGGCACCAUCCUCAUCUUCGCCGUGGUGGGGACGCUCUGGAACGCCUUCUUCUUGGGUGGUUUGAUGUACGCCGUGUGCCAGCUCGGUGGCCCUGGCCUGAACCACAUUGGCCUCUUGGCCAACCUGCUCUUUGGCAGCAUCAUCUCAGCUGUGGACCCGGUGGCCGUGCUGGCUGUUUUUGAGGAGAUCCACAUCAACGAGCUGCUCCACAUCUUGGUUUUUGGGGAGUCCCUUUUGAACGAUGCCGUCACGGUCGUCCUCUAUCACCUCUUCGAGGAGUUUGCCACCUUCGAGCAGGUGACCAUUAUCGACAUCCUGCUGGGCUUCUUCAGCUUCUUCGUGGUGUCCCUGGGUGGUGUCUUCGUGGGAGUCAUCUAUGGGGUGAUCACUGCCUUCACCUCCCGUUUCACCUCCCACAUCCGUGUCAUCGAGCCCCUCUUCGUCUUCCUCUACAGCUACAUGGCCUACCUCUCUGCUGAGCUCUUCCACCUCUCUGGCAUCAUGGCGCUCAUCGCCUCCGGCGUGGUCAUGCGACCCUAUGUGGAAGCCAACAUCUCCCACAAGUCCCACACCACCAUCAAGUAUUUCCUUAAGAUGUGGAGCAGUGUGAGCGAGACCCUCAUCUUCAUCUUCUUGGGUGUCUCCACCGUUGCUGGCCACCACUACUGGAACUGGACCUUUGUCAUCAGCACACUGCUCUUCUGCCUCAUCGCAAGGGUUUUAGGUGUCCUGGUCCUCACCUGGUUCAUCAACAAGUUCCGAAUUGUGAAGCUGACACCCAAGGACCAGUUCAUCAUCGCCUACGGGGGCCUGCGGGGAGCCAUCGCCUUCUCCCUCUGCUACCUCCUGGACUAUAAGCAUUUUGGCAUGAGGGACAUGUUCCUCACAGCCAUCAUCACUGUCAUCUUCUUCACAGUCUUCGUGCAGGGCAUGACCAUCCGUCCCUUGGUGGACCUGCUGGCCGUGAAGAAGAAACAAGAGACAAAACGUUCCAUCAACGAAGAGAUCCACACGCAGUUCUUGGAUCACCUUCUGACAGGGAUUGAGGACAUCUGUGGUCACUAUGGGCAUCACCACUGGAAGGACAAGUUGAAUCGCUUCAACAAGAAGUAUGUGAAGAAGUGCCUGAUCGCAGGGGAACGCUCCAAGGAGCCCCAGCUCAUUGCCUUCUACCACAAGAUGGAGAUGAAGCAGGCCAUCGAGCUGGUGGAGAGCGGAGGCAUCGGCAAAAUCCCCUCUGCCGUCUCCACUGUCUCCAUCCAGAACAUCAACCCCAAGACCCUCCCUGUGGAACGCAUCCUUCCAGCCCUCUCCAAGGACAAGGAGGAGGAGAUCCGCAAAAUCCUUCGCAACAACCUGCAGAAAACCAGGCAGAGGUUACGUUCCUACAACCGGCACACGCUUGUGGCUGACCCCUACGAGGAGGCCUGGAACCAGAUGCUCCUGAGGAGGCAGAAGGCCCGGCAGCUGGAACAGAAGAUGAACAACUACCUGACAGUGCCAGCUCACAGGCUCGAUUCACCCACCAUGUCUCGGGCUCGCAUUGGCUCAGACCCCUUGGCCUAUGAACCCAAAGCAGACUCGGAGAACCUGCCCAUCAUCACCAUCGACCCCGCCUCCCCCCAGUCCCCGGAGUCCGUGGACCUGAUGAACGAGGAGCCCAAAGGCUGCGGUGGGCUCCCGCCCUCUCCCGAGGAGGACGAGGAGGGGCUUGUGAUGCGGGUGAAGGAACCUUCCUCCCCUGGGACCGACGAUGUCUUCACCCCGGGGACCGGGGACAGUCCCAGCAACCAGAGGAUGCUGCGGUGUCUGAGCGACCCGGGGCCGCGGCCGGAGCCGGAGGAGGGGGAACCCUUCAUCCCCAAGGGGCAAUAGCAGCUGAGCUCCCAACCCCCCCGCCGCCCUCCCCACCUUUUCUUUGUCUCUUUCCUCAUUUCUUCUCCUUUUUCUUUUUGCUCUCCUUCUUUUAUUUGGGUCCCUUCCCUCACUACACACUGGGUUUGGGAAGGGGAGAGUGUCCUGGAUGGACUGGGGUGGCCAGGACAGCUCUGCCCAACUUACCCUGGGAGGAGCAGGGACGGAGCCGAGGGGUGCACCAGGCUCCUCCUCCCCUGUGGCUUGGGGGUGAUGGACACUUCCCUACCUAGCCCUGGGACGUGCAGCUGCCUCCCAGCCCCCGCGGGGGUCUCCCGGGGACUGCCCACCCACUCAGGACCUGCGGACAGGGGAGGGCUCUGCCCGGGGGCGUCCGUGGAGGCUGCGUUUUGCUCGUCCUCCCGCCUUGCUCUGGAGCAAAGAGAUGGGAAGAUGGGAGCCAAGUUCUGCACCCACCACCUCACCCAGCACCCACCUGGGGACCUCGGGUUUGUGCCACCGCUCCCAGCCUCGGCCGGGUCCCAUCCCCCCCCCCCCCCUUCGGGGACCUCUGCUCUGGCUCUGCAUUUCACGCCAGGUCUUGUUAAACAAAUAUCCUAUAGCCAUGGCAGGGGGGAGCCGGGUCCCCCCCUCGCUUUGAGUGGCCCUGCAAGCCCGGGCCUCUCUGUCCCUCCUGGAACCGCUGUCACCUGUCCCCGCGGGGGACCCUCGGCCCCUUGCCCGGUGCCAGCGCGGCAGCGGCACCGGCUGCUCCUUAACCAAAGACGGUACCCGGGCUCCACGGGGACGGGGCGUGCGGGGGGGGGAAAGGUGUUCGCUAUUUCUUGGGGAGCUGAGAUUAUUUUUCUCUCUCUGCAACCAAGAGGAGCUGGGGAAGAGCCGGGGGUUGGUUGACCCAGCGUGGGGACACCUUGGAGCCAGGGGGUUGACAAGGGGGCAGCUGGGGGUGGGGGGGGUCUUGAGUUUGGAUCCAUCUUCCUCAAGGUUUGGCUUUGAGGGGGGGAGUGUUGGGUGCUGAGGUGACUCGCAGGACCCCCAGGCUGAAGGUGUCAUCAGCCUAAAGCGUGUCACCUUGUCCCCCGUGUGCCACCCGGCUCCCACCAGGAGCCACCCUGUGCCACGGGUGCCGCUUCCCCACGCCGUGGGGGUGUUAGGUCACCCCCUCCCCGGGGAGCCCGGGCUGCUUCCCCCUCCCCGUGCCGUGCCUUGCCACGCAUCCCCUCUGCCCCACUGCCUUGGGGGGCACCCGUCCUGCACCCCCACCCACUCCACGUCCCAGUUGGGACCCCCGGGGGUCCGGCGUCCGCGUGGUUUUGUCACACCGUGGGGAGAGCCCACCCACCACGUCGCUGCCUGCGCCUGCCUGCCUGCCCUGCUCUGAAUCCAGGAGGGAAAAA